CGCGCUCUCCUCCCGCGGGGCCGUUGUCAUGGAUACCGCUGCCGGUGACUCCUGAUUCGGUGUCCGGUAUCUGAUUACGUAGCAGCACGUAUCCCGUGUGUGGAUGCCGGAGGCACAGCCUGAAUCCUAUGCAGGGCCUAUGACCGGGCGUGAAUCCUCCGGCCUCCAGUGACAGGAAGAGCGCAGUGCUGCACGUCUAAGCAGCUGACCGAGUAGGAGAAAGGCUGGCCCAGUGGUGAGAUCUUUCACAAUGAGUGAAUUCCGAAUACACCACGAUGUAAAUGAGCUCAUCAGUCUUCUCCGUGUGCAUGGAACUGAGGGAGCUGAGCUUUACACAGAUCUCUUACAGAAGAAUCGCACCCCAUAUGUCACCACCAGUGUGUCUGCACACAGUGCCAAGGUUAAAAUAGCAGAGUUUUCUAGAACACCAGAAGAUUUUCUCAAGAAAUAUGAAGAGUUAAAAUCAAAGAACACACGCAACCUUGACCCACUAGUGUACCUGCUCUCCAAGCUCACAGAGGACAAGGAGACACUCCAGUAUUUGCAGCAGAAUGCUAAAGACAGAGCAGAACUCACUACCAGUAGUGCAGCUUCUGGCAGCCUUACAAUCCCUUCCAGCACAUCCAAGAUCUCCAUACAGGAGCUGGAGGAGCUGCGCAGGCAACUGGGAAGUGUAACUGCUUCAACGUCCAGUGGGCCACAGCCUGUAGAGGUUCUGCGGAAACAUCUCAGAGAGAAAUUGAACAAGAAGAAUGAUGGACAACUCAUCCCUGUGUUCCCACCAUGGGUGUAUGAGCGAACUGCACUGACAGGGGACUUCUUCUCUCUCUCCAGCAUGAGCUCAGAUGUUACCGUGCCAAUAGGGACUCUUCCUCUACCUGCUCAGGAGGCAGCUAUAGUUGAGGAUCUGCUUUACGUUCUGGUUGGAGUUGAUGGACAAUAUAUUACUGCCCAGUCCCUAUUGGGACAUCAGACACGCUCCUUUUCAGUAGACCCAAACCUGGAUAUGUCUAUAAGGGAGCUUGUGAACAGAAUCCUGCCUGUGGCUGCGAGCUACUCCACUGUUACCAGAUUCAUUGAGGAAAAAUCUUCUUUUGAGUACGGUCAGGUGAACCAUGCGUUAAGUGCCGCUAUGAGGAUGCUGGUAAAGGAGUACAUGAUCCUUAUUACCCAGCUGGAGCACCUGCAGCGUCAGGGGUUGCUCUCCUUGCAGAAGCUGUGGUUCUACAUCCAGUCCCCACUUAGAACAAUGGAAGUAUUGGCAUCUCUCGCCAGUUCAUUGGAUAAAGGGGAGUGUCUGGGAGGAGCCACCCUCAGUCUCCUGCAUGACAGAACAUUUGGUUACACAGGAGAUACCCAGGCCCAGGAGCUAUGCCUGUAUUUGACAAAGGCAGCCAGUGCCCCAUACUUUGAGAUCCUGGAGAGGUGGAUUUAUAGGGGAAUCGUCAACGAUCCUUACAGUGAAUUCAUGGUGGAGGAACACAAGUUGCAGAAAGAGAAGAUCCAGGAGGAUUAUAAUGACAAGUAUUGGGAUCAGCGAUACACCAUAGUACAGCAGCAGAUCCCUUCUUUUCUGCAGAAGGUGGCAGACAAAAUCCUUAGUACAGGAAAAUACCUGAAUGUGGUCAGGGAGUGCGGCCAUGAUGUUGCGUGUCCAGAUGCUAAGGAGAUUAUCUACACCCUUAAGGAACGUGCCUAUGUCGAGCAGAUUGAGAAAGCCUACAGUUAUGCCAGUAAAGUUCUAUUGGACUUCUUAAUGGAAGAAAAGGAGUUGGUGGCUCAUCUCCGGUCCAUAAAACAUUACUUCCUCAUGGACCAAGGUGAUUUCUUUGUGCAUUUCAUGGACUUAACAGAGGAUGAACUGAAAAAAACGGUGGAAGACAUUAUCCCAACCCGGCUGGAGGCGUUAUUGGAAUUGGCCUUGAGAAUGAGUACUGCAAACACUGACCCUUUUAAGGAUGAUCUAAAGAUUGAGCUUAUGACACAUGACCUUAUCACGCAGCUCCUCCGUGUCCUUGCCAUUGAAACCCAACAGGAGAAAGCCUUGAUUAAUGUUGAUCCAACUGAGAUAUCACUGAGUGGACUGGAGGCCUUCUCCUUUGAUUAUAUUGUUAAGUGGCCUCUUUCCCUAAUAAUUAACAGAAAGGCUCUGACCCGCUACCAGAUGCUUUUCCGCCACCUGUUCUACUGCAAACAUGUAGAGAGACUCCUGUGCAACGUGUGGAUCAGCAACAAGGCUGCCAAACAGUUCUCACUGCAUUCCGCCAAAUGGUUUGCAGGAGCAUUUACCCUCCGACAGAGGAUGUUGAACUUUGUACAAAACAUUCAGUAUUAUAUGAUGUUUGAGGUGAUGGAGCCAACAUGGCAUGUUCUGGAGAAAAACCUCAAAUCGGCUUCUAACAUAGAUGAUGUACUGAGCCACCACACUAGCUUCCUUGACAAUUGUUUGAAGGACUGCAUGCUUACCAACCCAGAACUUCUCAAGAUCUUCUCAAAACUUAUGUCCGUAUGCGUCAUGUUCACCAACUGCAUGCAGAGAUUCACACAGAGCAUGCAGGUGCAGACAGAGAUGGAGCGUUUGACCUUAGAGCAUGGAACAAUGAUGGGACCUCCCACACAGAGUGAAAAGACAGAGGAGGCUAUGAAAAAGAAACUUACCUCUAAGUUCCUGGCAGAGCACGUUGAUGCAUUUCAGUCUUCAACUGGCUUUGAAUCCACCAUCAACAAUUUUGAUAGCAACUUUUCUACCCACCUCAUGGACCUUCUGGAUAAACUAAGCAUGUACAGUACCAAUGACUGCGAGCACAGCAUGAUUAACAUCAUUUACAGGUUGGAUUUUAAUGGUUUCUACACGGAACGUUUGAAGAGGUUGUCUGCAGAAAGAAGCCAAAAACUGCCCUCUCAAGCAGGACAUACCCGACAGCCGGUUGCCAUACAGUGACGCAGUCCUUUCCAAACGUCACAGGAAUUCUUUCCCAGCCCUGAUGCUUCCUUCCUGAACUACACACCCAUAACUCGCAUCUGUAGUGUCUUACAAUGAAUCACAAUACCUCAGUGGGCAAAAAUAUACUACACAGUCAAAUAUGGCAGAUGACUAUACAAUGAACUGCAGCCAAUCCUUUUUUGCACACACCACCCCAAUUUUUAUACCAAGUCUAAGAGUUUGGAUGAGAGUAAAUGGUGCAGAGAAAUGUAAAGUGUGAAAAAAAGCUUUUACAGUAACAUAUGCAGAACUAUGCGAUUACAGGCUUUCUGCGUAAGUAGUUACCUUUUCUCCUCUUUAGUGUUCACACAUGAAAAUAAAGGUGUAUACCCUCA